AUGAUGUUUAAUCUUCAAUCAAGGUUGCUAAAAUUAAUAUAGAACGUCUUGCGAACAGCCGUUGUUUCAAGUUAUAUGGCAUUGCCACAUCAUACACAAAAACAAGGAUUAGAUGCAAAAUGGCAAAAUAUGCAACAACAAGGAAAUAAUAUGCAAAAUUUUUCAAAAGAAACAUCUGAUCCAAUUACAGCUGAAAAUAUUAAUAUUAAAGAUCGUAUCGAACGUUUAGGUUAUACAACUGGUUAUGGUGGUGGUUUAAAUACAUAUGGUACUGGUGUUGCUGGUUAUAAUCCACCAAAAAUUGAUUUAGCUGGUGUUGUUAUUGGUUCAAUAAUUGGAUUAGGUGCAUUUCUAUUAAUACCAAAAAUUCUAAGUAUUUUUAAUACUGGUUAUUAUGGUGGACAAGGUUAUGCAAGAAGUGAAACCGAUACAUUCGAUUCAAAUACAUUAAAUACAGCAAUGUCAAAAUUAGAUGAUGUUUUAGCUAAACAUGAUAUUGAUUCAACUGGUUGUGUACAACGUGCCGUUUGUACAUAUGUACGAUCAACUGAAACAAAUUUAUUACAAGGAACACAAGAUCAAAUUGAUCAAUUUAUACAUGCAUUAGCUAAAAAUGAUAUUAUUGAAUAUAUGUUAGAUGGUACAGCAAUUAAAGAAGCAUUAGAAAAUGGUAAACGUUUAAAUACAGUUGAUUGUGGUGAAAUUUAUAAAACUUGUAAAAUUGAUUCAAAUACGAUAGCAAAA